AUGGCGAUGGUGACGACAAGAAGAAAAGAACAACAUGGACUGGAGAAUAACAUAGUGUAUCUUUUCAUGAUUAUACUUCAUACCUGUCUUGGCCUGGUGCGCUUUCAGCUUAGUGGUUCCUCAGAUUUCAUGGAUUUACAAUGCUACAAUGAGGUUGCAGCUUUGUUUAUGCUUCUAAGAUUUGAUUUAUUCAUAAUAUAUUCUAAACUGAGCAAAAAUUUUGCAGCUUUGGGUUCUCUUAACAAACUUAUUGAAGGAUGUGGAACAUCAAUAACACACAUGAAAAAAUUGGUGUGGUUGAUGAACAAUGGAUUGUUCAUCAAACAAUUCCUACUCUUGGGAGAAUAUGAUCAUGGAAAAGACAAAUAUGAUGCGGCAUUUGGUUUGCUAGCCUUCCAGGAGAUUGAACUUUCGUUUGGUCACCCAAUAGAAACUCACCUACAUCUCAAGAAGCAAUUUUGGAGCUUGACACAACAGGAAACCUCGUCCUCGUCGACAAAAAACACAAACAACCACCCUAUAUGGCAGAGUUUUUCUCAACCUUCAAACACACUUCUCCCAAACCAGCCUCUAACAGUUUCUUCAGAAUUAACAUCAUCAAAAUCCUCAUCUCAUGGUGGCUACUAUGCUCUCAAAAUGCUUCAGCAACCAACUUCUUUAAGUCUUGCACUAACUUACAAUCUUCCAGAAAGUUACCAAACUUUUGAUGAAAAUGAAUCAUAUGCAAACUAUUCUUAUUGGCAAGGUCCUGAUAUUUCCAAUGUAACCGGAGAAGUUAUCGCGGUUUUAGAUCAAGCCGGAAGCUUUGGAAUUGUAUAUGGAAAUUCAUCUGAUGGUGCAGUUUAUGUUUAUAAGAAUGAUAAUGAUGAUGCAGGUUUAGCUUCUGCAAUUCAUCAAUCUACACCGUUAACCGUUCUUAGGAGACUGACACUCGAAGAGAAUGGAAAUCUGAGGUUAUACCGAUGGGAAGACGUAAAUGGAUCGAAACAAUGGGUGUCACAGUGGGCUGCAGUUUCAAAUCCAUGUGAUAUUGGUGGAAUUUGUGGUAAUGGAGUAUGUAAAUUGGAUAAAACUAAGACUAAUGCUUCUUGCACUUGUUUACCAGGAACUUCUAAACUAGGAAGAGAUGGACAAUGUUAUGAGAAUUCAUCUCUGGUUGGAAAAUGUACUAAUGGAAAAAACGAAAACAAGACAUCGAGUUUUAGAAUUUCGACAGUGCAACAAACUAAUUAUUAUUUUUCUGAAUCUUCAAUAAUAGCUAAUUAUAGUGAGAGUGAUGUUUCUUCUGUAUCAAAAUGCGGCGAUGCAUGUUUGUCCGAUUGUGAUUGUGUUGCUUCUGUUUAUGGACUAAAUGAAGAAAGACCUUUUUGUUGGGUGUUGAGGAGUUUAAGUUUCGGCGGUUUUGAAGAUAUGAGCUCUACUUUGUUUGUGAAGGUUCGAGCAAAUAGUUCAUGGACACCAGAAGGACAAGAGGGAAGGUCUAAUAACAGUUCUUCUGAUGGAAUGGGGAGUGCUAAGGAAAAGGCUGUGAUUAUUCCAAUUGUUCUAGGCAUGAUAGUUCUCAUUAUUUUACUCACUAUGUUAAUGUAUUACAGUGUUCAUAGAAAAAGAACUUUGAAAAGAGAGAUGGAAUGUUCAUUGGUCUUAUCAGGUGCUCCAGUGAAUUUUACUUACCGCGCUUUGCAGAUCAGGACAAGUAACUUUUCGCAGCUUCUAGGAACAGUUGGAUUUGGAAGUGUGUAUAAAGGAAGCUUAGGAGAUGGUACCUUAGUCGCGGUGAAGAAACUUGAUAAGAUUUUGCCUCAUGGAGAGAAAGAAUUUAUCACCGAAGUAAACACGAUUGGCUCAAUGCAUCAUAUGAAUUUGGUUCGUUUAUGUGGUUUUUGUUCUGAGGGACCUCAGAGGCUUUUAGUUUAUGAGUUCAUGAAGAAUGGUUCAUUGGAUCAGUGGAUCUUCCCUUCGAUUCGAGGACCAGAUAGAUUGCUCGAUUGGCAAACUCGUUUUGAUAUAGCCAAAAAUACUGCACAAGGGAUUGCAUACUUUCAUGAGCAGUGUAGAAACAAGAUAAUACAUUGUGACAUCAAGCCAGAAAAUAUAUUGUUAGAUGAAAACUUUUGUCCCAAGGUAUCUGAUUUUGGACUUGCUAAAUUGAUGGCAAGGGAACAUUCUCAUGUGGUAACAAUGGUAAGAGGCACUAGAGGCUAUUUGGCACCAGAAUGGAGAAUUUGA